GAGCAGGCCAACAGACAACAACAUCCUUCAUUUGUCUCACCCAUCCAAGACUCUACUAUAGAGAGAGAAAGACAGAAAUCAUCACAGAAUUUGGAAUUGGGGAUUAAAUUAAAUCUGAAGAAUCACAUAAAAAUGGGUUCAUCGUCUCCAUCAGCAACACCAUAUAUGAGUGGAGAAAUCAGAAGUGGAAAAAGAUCACAGAUUAGUCCAACUAGUUAUGAUUUCUCCUUCAAGAUUCUGGUGAUCGGAGAUUCAGGCGUUGGUAAAAGCAGUCUUCUUCUCAGUUUCAUCUCCACCUCUCAAGAUCCUCUUCAAGAUGUUUCUCCUACUAUUGGUGUAGAUUUCAAGAUGAAGAUGCUCACAGUUGAAGGAAAACGACUCAAACUGACUAUAUGGGAUACAGCUGGACAGGAGAGGUUUGGUACACUAACAAGUUCAUACUACAGAGGCGCACAUGGAAUCAUUCUUGUUUAUGAUGUUACUCGAAGAGAAACAUUUACAAACUUAUCAGAAAUAUGGGCUCGAGAAGUUGAACUUUACUCCACAAACCCUGAUUGUGUCAAGAUCCUAGUUGGAAACAAGGUCGAUAGGGAUGUUGAAAGGGCUGUAACAGUUGAAGAAGGAAUGGCACUUGCAAAGAAGCAUGAUUGUUUGUUUUAUGAAUGUAGUGCUAGAACAAGAGCCAAUGUGCAACAAUGCUUUAAAGAUCUCUCCUUAAAGAUACUUGAUAAACCUGGUUUACUGGAGCAGGGAUCAGUGUUAGUGAAGAGACAAUUCUUGAAGGAGAAACAACUUUCUAUGAAAAAAAGAAGCGACAAUUGCUGCUCUUAAUGGAAUCAUGUUGUUUGCUGUUUCUUUUUUGUGAUGAUCGAAUGGUCAAAUCUGCUCUCCAUGGUCAAAGCAAGUAAGAUGGUGAUUCGUUUCUGUAAACACCUGGCGCGACCAUAUGUGAUAAGAACUGGGAGUUGCUGUAUAAUGUUUAGUAGGUUAAAAUAUAUAUAGGUAUAUUUUGUUCUUUAUUUGUUGAAAUCUUUUGGCCUGAUAUGGUCUUUGUAGAGUUGACCUCAAAGUUUUUGGAUGGAUUGAGAGUCCGAAUGGGUGAUAGUAAAUAGUAAAUAGUCGUUUUGUAAUACAGCUUUUCAAGUAUAUCAGAUUUGCUUGCUCAUAA